AUGGUGACCUUUAGGCAGCUUGAGAUACUGUUUGGGUUCACUAUGGAGAAGGAAAUCUAUGGAACAUCAAGGAAAAUGAACUCCAAAGGAGUUGGGCUACAAUCGCUGAUGGAGUGUACUCUUCCUCAAGGUCCAAGGCUGCUCAGAUCAGGAGCCCUGUGCUUGAGAUAUGUCCACAAGGCACUUGCCAACACCUUCUUUGCAAGGAAAGCCACUGGGACAAUCAAUGAGGAGAACUGGAGUCCACUGGACAAGAGAAGGUCUACUCCACCAGGUUGGAUGGACAUCAAGUUUUGCAAGACCAACCUCUCAUUGAGCACAAGGAGUUGGAUGGGAGGAGGUACAAACAUUGACUUCAGACCCCCUGUGUACACUUUGAUUGGGCAUGAAGCGGAUUUGCAAGAAGAGGAGCCGAGCUCGAUCGAGCUGAGGAUCGAGCUGAGAUUCAAGCUGAAGAUCGAGUCCAGGAGAGUGCAUUUGGGUGAGCCUGAGUGCUAUUAUUUUGAGGAGUAUGAGGCUCCAAGGAUGAACCCCUCUGUUGUGGCUGCCCACAAGAGGAUUGGACUCUCCAAAGGUUCACAAGUGGCAAGGGAAGGCCAUGGAAAGAUGCAAAAGUCCAUGGAUAAGAUGGUGAGCAAGAUCAAAAGCUUGGAGAAGAAAGUUUCUGGUUCUUCAAGCAAGAAGAAGAAGGGACCCAUGGCCCCCACUUUCCCUAGGAGUAGGUCACUCCUCACCACUCAAAGGAGGCUCUCCACGCAAGAACCUCACAGAGCCUCUUCUUUCGAGCCAAGGGAAGGAGAAGACAACACGCAGAGAAGGAGGAAGACUUCCAAGGCCAGACGCUCCAGCUCGACCACCGGACUCGAUCGAGUCCAAACAGAGGAAACUCAACUCGAUCGAGCUGAGGGUCGAGCUGACCUGGAGGAGCCCCUGUUUGAGAACCCUGGAUUCGAGUACGAUCCAACGCAGUACCAGGACUUCUCCCAGACCAACUGGACCCCCUACAACAGCUUCGAGCAAGCACAGCUCCUCCAAGGCCAAGGGAGCCACACACACUUUGAAGAUGAAGAAGAAGAAGAGGAGGAGCCGCAAGCUCGACCGAGUGAGGCAAUCCCAGUUGCAUGGAGCGCUCCUGAUGGCCGUCUACCAUCACCAGACCGCGACCUAGCCUCCCAGUUCUUUGGGGGGCACUGA